AUGCGGAAUCUGAAAAUUCGAUCGGCUGUGGUACAUGAUACAUUGUUGUCAAGUGGAAGAAAUGAAAUCCAGCAGAAUGAAGCAUUCUCAGUGUUCCCCUCAUCCUGCGAAAUUGAAGCAGUAUGUAUUAGUAUUGAAGACAGGAUUUUCUGCGCCUGCUGUGCUGGAAUAUAUGAAUUGUCAUCCGAAGUGUUUAAGUUGGUCAAAUGGACCGGACUGCGUAACGGUGCCAAAAUCAUUUCAUUUGAUCACCUAAGUGACGAAUAUCUCUUAUGCACUGUGUUAUCGUCAGGUGUAGUAAUGAUUGUGGAUUACGAGAACGGAACUGUUGAGCGAUAUGAAAUAGUACCAACUGAAGUCUCCUCCGCAAAAUGGGCUCCCGAUUUUCAUGUUCUGCUGCUUGCAUCAUCGGAAACGCUUUACUUCGUUACACGUCAGUUUGAAAUUUUGAAUGAACAACCGCUGAAUUCAUCAAGAUCUGGCCGAGAAGAAUUGAUGACAGUUGGCUGGGGUUCUAAAGAAACACAAUUCCAAGGUAUCGCAGGAAAGAAGCAACCCAGGAAGAUUGAUGAUGAGCAACCUACCACUGUGAGCGAAUUUGAUCAACGUAGGAUAUUGCUGGCAUGGAACGGUGAUGCUAACUAUGUAGUCGUUAGUUAUGUGGAUAACGAAACCAACGUCCGGCGAUUUUGUGUUUUCGAUCAUGAAGGCGAACUUAUUAGUUAUCUACAACAAGUUAGUAAUGUUGAAGAAACGCUGGCUUACAGGCCCACGGGAAACCUUAUUGCAACAAGUCGGUGUGACGGUGAUAAACGUGAAAUAAUUUUUUAUGAACGUAACGGACAAAAACGAUCGAAAUUCGAAUACAGACAUCAAGGAACUGCGAUUGAUUGGAUGGGUUGGAAUACAGAUGGGAAUAUUUUUUGUGUGCGGUCCAAGGACCUAACGGGUAUUGUUCAAGAAGUAAAUUUUUGGUGCGUCAGUAAUUAUGAUUGGAUGCUCAAGUAUCGCAUAUUGGUUAGUAGUGGAUUUUUAUUGACAUGUUGGCAUGAAAGUAAUCCCAAUCAGUUCUGCUAUAUUACGCAGAAUGGUCGUGCCACUUUUAUUGAUUUCGAUUUCAUUUACAAUUUUUGCGAUGAUUUUGUUUUAUCGAUAGCAGGAUGUAAUGUACGUGUAACCGAUCUAAAAGCAGCACCAAUUCCACCACCAAUGUGCCACUAUGAACUCACUUUUCCAAACACUGUUUGUGAAGUUGCACAGUAUAAUGGUAGUGCAGCUUUUCUACUUGCGGAUCAUUCACUUCUUGCAUGUACGACCAUGUUUCCAAUUUUUGAAGUAACUGGAAAUAAGUUGCGAGAAAGAAAGUUUGAAGAAUAUGCUGCAUAUGAUACUACCGAUUUACCAAAGGAUUGCAUAUGUUAUAAUAUUUGUUUAAAUGAUUCUAACCGACUUUCUGCCAUUAUUGCCUCUUCACGUUACAGUUUAUACAGCUUAAGUUUAAAAAUACCAAUCGUAAAAAAGAAGUAUGUCGACUCUGUAAAUAUCAGUGAUGCAUCUCACUUCUGCUUUGAUAUAGCUGUAUUUUGUUCUUUCAGUAAAUGUUUGUAUUCUACUGAGAAGCCAUUCGUGUGGCAUAGUCAUUUCACCGAUGGUUUUGUAUUGCAAGGAAUUGAUGGACAGUGGUUUUCAAUAAAGGAAGAUCAAGAUCAAAAUUAUCGUCCAGAAACCGGAAAACUUUUCGGCACAGGAUCAGCACUGCACUAUUGUCGUUACUCACUGAAUAAAGAUAGCAUUUUUGGUAUCAGCAAAACAAAUGAUUUGAUUAUGAAUGGCAGAUCGAUUUUAAAAUAUGUUGGGUCAUAUACAGUGGAUGAAAAUUAUCUGUUGACUGUAACGUUUGUUUCACAUUCGAGCUCGUCAAAGUUACAAAUUACUGAACUAAAAGAUAUUUCAACAACUAGAGAAAUAAGCUGUAAAACUAGUCGAGCUGUUGAAAGAGGUGCAAUGUUGAUUGGACAUGAAGCAAAUGGUACUCGAGUUUGGUUGCAAAUGCCUCGGGGUAAUUUGGAAACGAUACAUCUAAGGGAAUUGCUGUUGAACAAAUUGAAGGAAUUAUUAAACGAUUUGCAUUUCAAAGAUGCGGCUAUCAUCAUGAAGAAGCAUCGAAUUGACAUGAAUCUCUUUUACGAUCAUAAUCCAGAGUUUUUCAUGAAGAACAUCGGUCAAUUUGUUGAAGACAUAGGUUCAGCUGAAUUAUUGAACUUGUUCGUGGCAAGUUUGAAUAAUAAUAAUGUCACAAUGGGUAUUUAUUCGGAAAAUUAUAGCAAUAGCAACCACACAAGGCUUGAUAAAGGAGCAGUAAAAAGUGACGAAACAAAGGUUCAAAAUGUUUGCACCGCCAUUCGAGAAUAUAUUUUGAGUCUCGAUGAUAUUCUUAUUACUGAUUUCUACACCACUGUCAUAUCAACAUAUUUGAAAGAACAGCCUCCGCAGGUUUCGAAAGCUCUCUCAGCAUUGCGAAAACAAUCUUUAAAAUUACCUAAUGGAACGGAACUAGAAAAAAAGUGGAUUGCUUAUGUAUCUUUACUCGCUCCCAAUGAAAAUUUGUUCAAUGUAGCAUUAUCAACUUAUGAUUUAAGUUUAGCACUUGCUGUUGCAGAAAAUUCUCAGAUGGAUCCAAAGGAAUAUUUACCACUACUAGCGAAUUUUCAAGCUCAAGCUCCUCCUGCAUAUCAAAAAUCUGAAAUCGACAUACAUUUGGGAAUGUUUCAGCGAGCUAUUUGGAAUCUGUCAGAAUUGGAUAAUCAUUGGAAUAAAGCAGUAGAAAUUAUUCAAGGGAAGAAUUUAUACACGGAAGCUCUGGCAGUGUAUCGUGGAAAAAAAAACUAUCCGAAAGCAUGCGAGUUAUGCGCAAGUCAUUUGAUGAAUAAGCGAUGCUUUGAAGAAGCCGCAUUGUUGUUUAAACGUGCAAAUAAUACAGCCAUGGCACUGCAGUGCUAUCAGAGUGCUGAAAACUGGAAAGGGGUUAUUGAUUGUGGACAAAUCAUGGAUAUGGAGAGGAAAGUAUUAAACGAUUUACUCCAAAAGAUGGUUCCACAUUUUGAAAGCAAAGGGAAAUUUACGGAUGUCGCUGAAAUAUUAUCAUUCAUUGAUAAAAAGUCUAACAAGAUGCAGAUAGUGGAAUAUUACUGUAAGGCGGACGCUUGGGAUUUUGCCAUGAAUCAUGCUUUCAGGGAUGAAGAACUGACAAAAACUGUUGCUAAAGCAGCUUCCGUUCGUUAUGAACAGAUUUUACAAGGUAUAAAAAACUGGGAGAACUUACUGGAACAGUACUGCUGUCGUUUGGAAGUAGUUCGACAGAAUAAAAAAAAAUCGCUGGAAGUAGCUGUUGAGCGAUUUGAAAAUCAAGAUUUGGCAAUGUCAGAAGUUUUUAGCGAAACAUCCAGUGCAUUGAGUGAUAUAUCAAAGAUUUCAGCAGCUUCUGCGGCUUCAGCUCGUCGUCGAAAGCAUAUUGAAAAGAAGAAAAAAGUGCUGAAGGAAGGUACGCAGUAUGAGGAUGCAGCGCUUUUGAAUGCUUUGAAAGAUAUUGUUUCACUAAUCGAUUCUCAACAAGACGAAUUAAUUCUUCUACUGCCUACUCUAGUAGCUGUCGACGCCAUUGAAGAAGCACGUGCUUUGCAAAUCCGGUUUCUUACCUUGAUAAAACUUACGCACAAAGCAAUUGGAAUAGCUUGGCCAACUUAUCUUUCCCCACAUAUGAUACCAGGACCCUUCAGAGAAAUUUAUCGUGACGAGAAUGGUACUAUCAAACUUCCGGAAGGAAACAGUAUGCCAGAUAGGAUACCGUUUGAAUCGGAACUGAUGCGACCGCAGAUCAGGAAUGUUCUAUGGCAACUUGAAAUUUGCUUUUGAGUUCAGUUCAUUGUUUUUAUACAUAAUAUUGUUUCUUUUCAUAUUCCAUAACAAAUAAACAUAAUAUAAAACAUAAAACAGGUCAC